AUGGAUGCAACCAACGGUCAAAACAUGAAAUCAGUCGAUGCAGACAAUCAAGGAAAUGAAAACAACGAUGAAGAACGCUCAAAUAGCGUUUCACAAGAGCAAUGUAUUUCAACGACUCGUUCAGCAACAUUAGACCUGACAUCCAACAACGCGUCCUCAUAUGGACGUACUUAUCCUCACAAUACUUCUAAUCUUCAUGUGACACCUUCAACGAGCAAUAUACAACCACGUUCUUUUCAAGCGAGUACUACUACUGACAUGGAACCUUUUGUGGACAUGGAAGAUAGCGUUAACAGUGGCUAUGAUAUACUAUUACAAGAGUUGGAGGCGGAAACGCAUCCAUGUUAUCACCAUGAGAAGAAUUGCAAGACACACGAAGAAGAAGAAGAAGAAGACGAAGAUCACAGAGCAAUUGCUAUCGUCAAUCAUACAGCACUGGAACAACAAUGUGGUGGUUUCUAUGAGAUUUCUAACGAACAACUAGAUGAAGAAACUGAACAACUACGUCAGUUAAUUGUCACUCAACGGCCAAUGAAUGAUGAAAUAGCUGAGCAUAUUUUCAAACAAUUGAAUUUUACGCCGUACAGUAUGACGGAUAUGAUAGCAGAUACAUCUCCAAAUGGCAGUUCUGUUAUUCUCGAUAAUGCUAGUAUUGAUCUUGUCUCACGAACACCUUCCAUUAUUUUAUCAUUAUCACAACCACCACUACCACCACCACCACCACCAUCAUCAUCAUCAUCAUCAUCAUCAUCAUCAUCAACACCAGCAACAACAACAACAACAACAACAGGAACACGACGUCCGUAUCCACCAAUGAAUCAAACGGGUCUUAUCGACGAUCAUGAUCGUCCCCAUGCUGAUUACGGCCAUCUUAAUCGGCAAACUAUUGCACAAGAAUUUCAUUUUAACUUAGUGUCACCAUCGGCAACCGUCGAUGUACGAAAACGAUUUCGAUUAAAUACAAAAUCUCUUGCUAUAACAUCAUGGACAAACGUUGCAAAAGAACGUGUUAUGGACCACAUCAAAGAAGAAUUGGAUGUUGAAAAUAUUCAAUAUAUUUGUAUUGGCGAAGAAAUAAGUCGACGAACUCAUCGACGACAUUUACAUAUACAAAUUAUAUUGAAAAAUAAAAUCAAUAAGAAAACGCGAUUUCUCGAUUCAAUCACUCGAACACAUUGUAAUUACCAGGUGACAAGAAAUGAUCGAGCAUGGAAUGAAUAUAUUAAAAAAGGAGGCAAUUAUAUUGAAUUCAAUACAUUUAAAUCAACAACAAAACUUCAAGGAAAACGAUGGCCGCCCUCAUCAUUAUCAUCAUCAUCAUCAAUAUCAAUACCGUCGUCAGCACCAGCGGCGGCGGCAGCACCGGCGGCGGCACCAUCAGCACUAGCAGCACUAGCACCACCAACACCCAACACGACUGCUCGAGGACAAGUAGAGUUGCGACGUCAAUAUGCAAAUGAUGUCGCACGAGAAGCACUGACACUAGCAGAGACAAGUAUUGAUUCUGCAAUGGAUUUUGUUCGAACAAAAAUGCCAAGAGAAUUUCUGCACAAUUCCACCUGGUAUUUACAUACAUUCAAAUAUGUUCAUUUACGGGUAGAACAAGAUCUUGACGAACAACGUCGUAAUCAUAAAGAACAUACAUGGCCUGAUUCAUUUGCUAAUUGUACACCUGCAUUACGUGAAGUUGUCACUCGUUGGCUCAAUGAAGAAUUUAUAAAAACAUCACGAGCGAAAUGUUUGAUUUUAAUUGGAGGAACUGGCACUGGCAAAACAUCAUUUGCCAAAUCAUUACCUGGUCAAAACAAUUAUUUUCAAGGACGUUGGCGAUUAGAUACUUGGAAAGAUUCGGCUCGUUAUCUCAUAUUUGAUGAUAUUCCAUGGGAUAAAUUUGAGCAAUUAGGUUUUCCUCCGAAAAAAGCUUUACUAACACAGAAUGGCAUAACUAUCGCGACAGACAAAUAUAAGCCUUGCACAGAAAUCAAUAUUCAACAACCUGCUAUUGUUCUUCUCAAUCCUGAGGACGCUGGCUCGUUAAUUGCUGAACCAGCGAAUACUGCAGAGCGAGGAUUCGUUCAAUACUGGCAGCAUCGUGCAAUCGUCUAUCGAUUAGGCCCAGACGAAUAUUUUCACCGGCCAGGCCAUGAUGGGAACGAUUCUCCCAUGGACGACUAA